AUGGGAGACGAAGAAGUUCAGGCCCUCGUUGUUGAUAAUGGCUCUGGCAUGUGCAAGGCCGGAUUUGCAGGUGAUGAUGCGCCUCGUGCUGUCUUCCCCUCCAUCGUUGGACGUCCUCGUCAUCAGGGUGUCAUGGUUGGUAUGGGUCAAAAAGACAGCUACGUUGGAGAUGAAGCUCAGUCAAAACGCGGCAUUCUCACUCUGAAGUAUCCCAUUGAGCACGGCAUUGUGACGAAUUGGGAUGAUAUGGAGAAGAUUUGGCAUCACACCUUCUACAAUGAGUUGCGUGUUGCCCCUGAAGAGCACCCAGUGCUACUAACUGAGGCACCACUUAACCCCAAGGCGAAUCGCGAAAAGAUGACUCAGAUUAUGUUCGAGACCUUCAACACCCCGGCCAUGUACGUUGGCAUUCAGGCCGUGUUGUCCCUUUACGCCUCUGGUCGUACCACUGGUAUCGUGCUCGACUCGGGUGACGGUGUCACUCACAGUGUGCCUAUCUAUGAAGGUUACGCUCUGCCUCAUGCCAUCCUGCGUCUCGAUCUGGCAGGUCGUGACCUCACUGACUACCUCAUGAAGAUCCUCACCGAGCGUGGUUACUCCUUCACCACGACUGCGGAGCGUGAAAUUGUUCGAGACAUCAAGGAGAAGCUCUGUUACGUAGCGCUUGACUUUGAACAGGAGAUGGCUACUGCCGCCUCCAGCUCCUCGCUUGAGAAGUCUUAUGAGCUUCCUGACGGUCAAGUCAUUACGAUUGGCAAUGAGCGUUUUCGUUGUCCUGAGUCGCUGUUCCAACCCAGCUUCCUGGGUAUGGAAUCUGCUGGUAUUCAUGAGUCCACCUUUAACGCUAUCAUGAAAUGUGAUGUGGAUAUCCGAAAGGAUCUCUACGCCAACACUGUCUUGUCUGGUGGUACCACCAUGUACCCAGGUAUUGCUGAUCGUAUGCAAAAAGAGAUCACAUCUCUGGCACCCAGCACUAUGAAAAUCAAGAUUGUUGCACCACCUGAACGCAAGUACUCCGUUUGGAUCGGUGGCUCCAUUCUUGCCUCACUCUCCACCUUCCAACAGAUGUGGAUUUCCAAGCAAGAAUAUGACGAAUCGGGUCCUGGAAUCGUCCAUCGCAAGUGCUUCUAA